AUGUCCAAGCAUCCAGCAGGCUACUACGCCGCUCAGCCGCCAAUUCCUCCCGGACAUCCUCCUCCGGCUCCAGCUCAGCAUUAUGAUGCGUACUCGACGUGGAGCGUUGCAGCAGCGGCAGCACAACAGCAAUACUAUCAGGCCAGCGCGGCAGCAGCCGCCAGUGCAGGUCCAGGGUCUCCACCCGUGAACCCAUACGCAAAUUAUGGCUACGGUCCAGCUGCAACUUGGGCUCAUCAUCCGCCUCCACCUGCUCAUAGAGCUCCUCCACCUCCAACCCCUGUUCCGCCGCCGGCCCAGCCAUAUGGACCAUAUAUCCCGCAGGCUCAACCCCAGCCAUAUUCUCCGCAUAACCCAUCGACUCCGUAUGCUCCCAGGCAGCUCCCACCUCCCAUUACACCAAGUCAGCCUCUACCUGCGGCCCCUAGACCGUUCCAGCAGCCACCUUUGAAGCGGCAACGUGUUCACUCUCUUCAGUCCAACGGUUCUCGAUUUCCUCCGAUUCCAGCCGGGCCUGCUCGUCCCCCAACAGACGCCCCUCCACCACUUCCAGGGCUUCCGUUGCCUGUGACGGGUCCUAAUUUGCGAUCAGGAAAUGCCGUGUCUUCUCGAGGAAGAGGGCAUCCGCUUAGACCCUCCAGAGGGGGGCGUGGAGGAGGUGCUCCUAACCGGCAUGGUAGCGGCGCGUCUCGUCAGUCUGCAAACACGAUCCCUCGUGGUCCUCGUCGAGGGGGACUCUUCCCCCAAGCCUCCUCUCGUUCGUUCCGUAGCUCUAGUGGUGGCGAUGGUGCACAGUCCAGCCGUGGUUGGUCGCACGGCGUUUCCGAAAGUGGCACAAGCGUCUUCAAUAGCUCGACCGGCGCCUCAAUGUCGGAUAAGGAGGGUAAGCGCACCCUCACAGAUUUCAGAAUUAUUGGCUUUGGAUUCGUUUCGGACCAACUUACAUGGUCGUGGGGUGCUACGCGUCCCAUUGACGACAAGGUGGUGUUCCCUCCAUCUUCUACAGCGAAAGAGGAUCCAAAACCCACUGCCGUCGAGAACCCUUCUCCUGUCAAGCAGGAUGAUAUCGCUCCGAGUCAGGGCUCUCCCUCGAAAGACAAGGGCAAAAAGACGACGAAGGACACGGCUCGAAUUCGGAUAUAUUUCCAGCCCACAUAUUUUCCUACACGUGGCGGUCGUAUGCCCCCUCCGAGUAGUGUUCCGUCCAGGCCCAACGCGAAAAGAAAGAAAUCCGAUAGCGAAGAAGACGAUGGCGAGCGGGGGAAUAUCAAGCGUCAUCAUGGUGAGAAUGAAGAAGGUUCUCGCAACGGGAUUCUCGCAGAGAUCCCACUACCUACCUCAAACGGAGACAAGAACGUCGAGAAGGACUCGACAGAGGCCGUGACUGACGAGGCAACUCAUGCUCAAGAAGAGCAAAACACGGAUGCAUCGAGCGAAGCUGCUGCCUGGAUGGGGCAGGCAUUGAAAGAUUUGAAGGAGGAUAGCGACGAUGGCCAUGAACAUGAUUUGCGAGAAGACGACGAUGAUCAGAACAGCGAAGCCAAUGAUCUGACUACCGAGCUGGUCGAGGGUUAUGACGAUGAAGAGGAAGAGGGCACGUCUCUUUUUGGCUCUGGAGUACAUCCCUCUCCGGGCGCAGAGGAUGCCAGUGUCGAUCUCAUUGUUCAAUCUGUCGAAGACGUGAGCAAUCACGGAGACGGAGUGGAACGAGGCGAGGAGCCCAGUACCGAGAGUCAGAAUCCGAAUAAUGCCAACGGUUCGUUCUCUCAAGCCGGUCAAAGUAGUGGUGCUGGCGGACCUGGGGGCUCCAGCAACAAAUUAUCCGUCUCGUUCGCCUCCUCGAGCAGAAGGCUGGUGCUAGAGGCCGAAGUCAUUACUUACCUCAAGGUGUUCCGCGCUGAAGGCCGUAUCGAGUUUGCAUCUACCCUGGAAACCGAUCCAUUGAACGUGGGUGCCGAGGGAUCGGAUCCUGUGAUCAAAGGAGUCUUCCUUGAAGUAUGGAACGAAGAAGCCCAAGCGUUCCACACAGUUCCCGUCCCAUCGACGAGUGCUGCAGAUUCGGAUCUCCCUCCGCUUCGAGGCUCCAAAAAUGUGACAUUCCACGUAUUUUUGGACAUGGAGAAUCCACUCUCGAUGCCGCGAUGGGUCAAGACUGGAGACGUAGACGACUGGCUUUUGACUAUGCUUGGUUCAUCUAAACAUAUGAACACGUAUCGACGAGAGAUGUCAACCUCGGUUCGAGGUUGGGAGGGCAAAAUCUCCGUCGUGGAUCCCGAUCCAGCCCUCACGCUCCAGAAUACUUUGGAACACUGGGCAACCAAUUCGGUCGUUGCUCAGCAAAAGGAUCGUGAACAGUACCUCAAGUCAUUCUUCUAUCAUCCAGAUACUGCAGAGGAAAAGCGAAAGCCGAAUAUGGACAGCAUGAUGGAGCUUCUGCUCCGUCCGAUACGAGGUGGACAACCAACCAUUGGCUCUCAUCUCGACUCGCACCAUCACCACCACCACAACUUUUCGUACAAUAACAGUGUCAACCCAAUUCUUCAAGCAGCAGCGAACUCGGAUCCAACUCUGAUAUCUGGGCAGACUCACACAUCCUUAGCAGUGCUCGCACUCUUCCGUGUACUGCAGCAGACGGCGACCAAGUAUGGUGGGGACGAGGCGCUGAAGGAGGCAGAGGCAAGAGUACGGGAUAUUAUUCAGGCUCUACCAUCACAAAUGACGAACAAGAAUCUGGACGCCAUGUUCCAGCGAUGGAACCAUUCGAAUGGGGGAGCCUCAAAGGGAAGCGCGUCGAAUGGAAAGUCGCAUCGUUAG